UUUUUUUUUUUUUUUUUUUUUUUUAAAGCAAAUAGCAUCAUUGGUUGGCGUUUCUCUUUCUUCCGAACCUGCAUGACAUCAGUGCGUGUGAGUGAGGCUGGCCUUUAUAAACCACUCACCUCUCCACGUUUCCAAGCAGCUGCCAGCGGAGAGCCUCGUCUCCCCGCACCGCUCAUUGGCGCUGGGAGACGCCUAUCACGGGGAUCCCACUCGGAGCUCGUCCUAUGGCUCGUCCCUGCGGUCCCUAUCCUCUCUUGGCCGUCGGAAGUGGCUGUCCCGUCGGCUUUCUCCAUUGGCCCUUCCCGCUGUCAGUCGCCUCCCUCUCGGUCCGCCUCUCCGGCUCUGUGUCCGCUCCAGUCUCCGCCGUCAUAUUGGCUAGACCCCCACCAUGACGAAGAAAUGCCUCCCCUCGGCCUAAAACAACGAUAUUUAUAUUUUAAAGGACUUUAGUUUUAUUCAUUGGGCAUUAUAAAGGAUUUAGGGAUGUUACCGUCCAGUACACGUGAAGAUAUUGCGCUUUCAUCCGACGCCGUGGUCCACAAGGGGGAUAUAAGCCUGACUUCUCUUAAUAGCCAUUUUUUGCAGACAAAGAAAGCUGUUGAAUAGUGCUUUCAAAGAGGCACACGGGUCCCAGCAGCUCUGAGCACAGAGGGACCAUGUGGAGUAACCUGAAGAGCAGAUGUCAGACCCUGUUUCACAGCAGCAGUGCCGCAGCAGAGGGCCGUCCUGAGGCUGAGGAGGUGCACUGUGUGGUGGAGCUGAGCCCCUCUGAACCACCACCCUCCACACCCUCCAGCCCAGCACGGAGCCCGCAGCCUGCCCCAGCCGCCACAGGGCGGCGCCAUCACAACUGUGUGUCGGACAUCCCGCAGAUAGUAGAGAUCUCCAUAGACAAGGACACAGAGGAUUUACGAGGAGGGGCGGGCGUGGCCCUGGCCCGUAGAGACUCGUACUCUCGGCACGCGCCAUGGGGUGGCAAGAAAAAACACUCAUGUUCCACCAAAACUCAGAGCUCUCUGGAGGGCCGCUCUGGCAGGCUGAGGAGCAGCCGCAGAGAGAGGCGUUAUGGGGUCAGCUCGGCCCCAGAAAUGUGCGACUCUGUCCCAGGCCGAGGGGUCAACGGCCGGACCCUCAGACAGCGCCUCAGUGACACGGUGGGCUUGUGCUUACCUCUGCCCACGCACAGGCGCUCCCGCUCAGCCAAGUCCCCCAUCUCCACCAAACGAAAGAUCCAUCUAACAGAGCUAAUGCUGGAGACCUGCCCCUUCCCCCCGGGGUCGGACCUGGCCCAUAAGUGGCACUUGAUCAAACAGCACACGGCGCCCGUGAGCCCCCACUCCUCCACAGCUCUGCUGGACGCCUUUGACCCGGGACAACCGUCUCCGGAGGACGAGGAGGAGCGUCUGCGUGAGCGGCGUCGCCUCAGCAUCGAGGAGGGUGUGGACCCGCCCCCCAACGCCCAGAUCCACACCCUGGAGGCCUCCGUUCCCUCCUCCACACUCUACAAACUGGGACCAAAGAUGACCCCCGGUCUGGCAGAGGCCGAGGGCCGCUCGGGGGCCGCUGGGGCCUCGUCUCAGGACUGUGACUCUGAGGAGGACUCCACCACCCUGUGCCUCCAGGCACGACGCCCCAGACAGAGGCACGCCUCGGGGGAGGGCCACAGCCGGCAGCAGCCAGGGCCCUGGAAGGUGCACACUCAGAUAGACUACAUCCACUGCCUGGUGCCAGACCUGCUGCAGAUCAGCGCGCUGCCCUGUUACUGGGGCGUCAUGGACCGCUACGAGGCAGAGGCUCUGCUGGACGGCCGGCCUGAGGGCACCUUUCUGCUGCGGGACUCUGCACAGGAGGAUUACCUGUUCUCUGUUAGCUUCCGUCGCUACAAUCGCUCGCUACACGCGCGCAUCGAGCAGUGGAACCAUAACUUCAGCUUCGACGCUCACGACCCGUGCGUGUUCCACUCGACCACGGUCACGGGGCUGUUGGAGCACUAUAAGGACCCCAGCGCCUGCAUGUUCUUUGAGCCUCUGCUGACCGCUCCGCUGCACCGGACCUUCCCCUUCUCGCUGCAGCACUUGGCGCGCGCCGCCAUCUGCCGCCGGACCUCAUACGACGGCAUCGGGGCGCUGCCUCUGCCGCCCGCGCUGCAGGACUUCCUAAAGGAGUAUCAUUACAAACAGAAAGUACGAGUGCGCUGGCUGGAGCGAGAGCCUCCGCUUAAGCUCAAAUAGUCUGAGAUUAAUUGAACUAGAGAUGUUCCUGAUCAGGAGGCUACGGCUCUGGUGGGAAUUAAAUGUAACAAGCUAUACCAGAUUCAUUCUAAUCUUUAGUUAUUACUUACAUCACAAAUACAUAUGAUUAUACUCAGUAUAACGGCAAGCACACGGCUUGUGUAACAGGUUUUCUUUGAGAGCGAGGGAAGGCACAAAUAUCAGCACUUUGUGUUUUUUCUCUUCAUUUUGUGCUAAAUGUCUGCCUGACCCCACAGCGCCACCUGCCUGUGACCUGCAUGCCUCCCUGACACCCCGGUGGUCACAUCUGUACAGUGCACUCUCCAUGUCUUUGUCUUUAAGCACCGAGUUGCAUCAGGCUCUGCUCCUCUGCAGACACCACGAGGGGGGGUUAAGUAGGGUAAUUAUUAUAAUCAGACAGAUCUAAAACACCGCGCAGAAAUAUUGUUGGUCCUAGAAAUAAUGAAGACUAAAAGUUGUAUUGAUCGCGUUUGAAUUAUUUUAGAUAGUGUUCUAAAUCAUGUGACUGCAGUGUUACAUUUGGUGCUAAUCUCUGAGAGGUGAAGGCUUUGCUUCAGGGAAAAGAAACAUUAACAAAAGUCGCUUUAAUUGUGUUAAAUAAUGGAUCAGUCUGCAGCGUCCUACUUAUAACAAGAUUAUCUUCAACUCCACUUUCUACUAAAGCAGCACUCGGUUCAUUUACUUCAGCGUGCUCCGGUGGCACUCCCAAAGAGGAAGCUACUGCACAGAUUUUCAUUGCCAAUAUCAAAGCACAUGACAUACUUUUAAACAUUAUGUUGCGUAGUUUAAAAGUAGCUAUGUUGAAGUCUGGCUGUAUUAGCCCAUAUUCAGUCAGUUUACAAUUACUUUGGAUCUAGUCAAGUAAGUGAAUCUGUAAUGACUUUAUCUUGAUAAAUCUCAUAUUUUAUUAAUACAUGAGUUUAGAGAGCAGCUGAGUGGUUCAUUCAGAUCUGUGUUAUGGGGGAGGGAGAGAGCAGCAGGUAAAACUGUGGCAUAAAUGUGAAAUAUUGAUGAGAUCACAAACCGGAAAAGUUCGGCUGGAGGUCUCAGACGGGCUCAUAUUUCACUGCAUAUGAGUCUAUGAUACACACCGGAUAUUAGGACUAAUGACAAGGCAUUAUUCAUGAACACAGAGUAUCCCGUUUUCCACAGAGCCACCCAACCCUCCUCCAAUGUGUAGAUCUGUCACGAGCAAGUUCUUGACAGCAACUUAUCAUCCCUCAGUAAUAUUUAAUGUAUUGCAUCCAUUGGCCUUACAAAUGAGUGAGCCCAGAAUGAUACGGCGCAAGAUUGACCAAAAUAUACCGUUAAAUAAUUGACAGAUGAUGUUAAUUCAGUAUAACACAACUAUGGUAGACUGUCUGUUACAUAUGUACUUGAAAAAAAUAACAACUUAAUAGCAAAGUAUAGCCAUUUUCCCAUUAUAUUUUCCCAUAGAAAAACAUAGGCAAAGCUCAAUCUGAACACGAUAACAAAUUUGAAGUGCGAUAUAUGACUUUUUAACAGUCUCACAAUGAAUAUUUGUUGUUUUUUUUUUGUAUCUGUAUGGAAAAAGGCAGAUUAAACUCUUAUAAUUCACAAGUUUAAUCUGUCGUUAUAUAAAUACAUCAUUUUUAGUACUUUAUUCUGCAUAAAUAGUUGCAGUUUUGGGUCAGAGAUACGCAAUAGUUUUGAGAGCUCUUGCCACGCCCCUUUUUAAAAUCGACUCACCCAUCUUUAGUCAACCAGGAAUUUCAUUAUUGCACUACGGCCCUAAAUAUAUCGCACGUCGAAAUUUGUUAUCGUGACACAGACCUACCCUCACCUCUCUCCUGCGCCCCAUAAUCACCGCUCCGUUUCUCCAAGCGGGGUAUUAAUUCUCAGAGGCCGCUAUGUGACUGCAGGAGGCCAUUUUUCGUAACUCCCCCACCUGUUUCUGCUCCAUCUGUCUACGUCGCGCAGAUAAGAACGUGAUUUAGAGCGCUGAGUUGUCCCGCCGUGCCCUCAGUCCCGGGCUAUUCAAACUGUCAGGGCGAGAGAUUAAGUUUACAAGGGCUCUCAGUAAUGUCAGAGCACGGGGAAAAGCGUUUCAGAACAGUGCACAAUGGAGUCACAAAGUUUUCGGAUAGAGUUAACCGUUUCGAGAUUUGGGAGUAAAACUGGUGACAAAAAUAACAUCGAGAGUAGCUGCAGAUUUCUCAUUAAUUUUCAAAAAGUUACAAGUGCUGCUAGUGGCUCAGUGCAGGUUACCAGAUACGGGGAAUCCAAUUGCUGUAGCCUUAUUUGAAAAUAUCUCGAAAACUUGAAACUACAGCAAAACAUUUUUUUCACUUUGCACCUAAUCAAGUUUCAGAAAUAGACUUUAGCUACAAUUUUACGUCCAGUAGUCACGAGCGUUGAAGCUUUUAAACUUAAAUUGGACUUUUCUGAUGAGUUAUUUUCUAUAUUUCCUGAAUCACAAGUCCUCACGGCUCAGUUUAUUCAGCUUUAGAUUCAUUAAUUUAUCUUAACAUAGUUCCUGUAGUUUUGUAUUUUACAUUUCAAAGUCCAAACAUCUGCAAUACGUUGAACAAACUGUAUAUCCGUUAUGAACCUAAGAUGUAGGUUUGCAUCGCUCAGUAUUCACAUUUUUACACUUGAAGUCUGCACUUUACUUGCCAUAUAAUGUAAUUUUUUUUGUACAACUUCCAAAUGUUUGGACACAUCCGUUCUUAAUUGCAGGACUUAUAUUAUGUUAACAGUUUUAUUAGUUUAAAGUGUAUGGAUAUUUAUAGGGAAAACUCUAGCCACGUUUUUUUUAACUCGUCCAAAAGAUUUCAAUAUUAUUUAAAGUCUACACUGCAAAAAAGAUUAUCUGGAUAAAUUUAAAGUACCUUGGAUUUGAUGAACAAUAUUUGACUUAUUUAGAUGUAUGUACUUGUUAUUAUUUUUUCAAUUUGUAAGAAUUCAAGACAUUUAUGACCAAUUUCCAGUUUAUACAUUUUAAGAAAGCAGUGAAAUCAAACUUUUUUAACUACAGAUGAGCAAUAUUGAUAAAUAAAUACUAUGGCAGUUGAUCACAAAUGUCUUUAAUAUGUAAAAGUAAGUACAACAUUUCAGAAAUAUCACUUUAUUCUUUUAUUUCAAACACUAAAUUGCAAGAUGAGUUUACUGACUAGGAGUAUAUGGUCUUUAUUAAUCAAAUUUACAUUUUUAGAUACUUCUCCUACCGCAAGGGUCUCCAACCUUUUUCCUGUGCUGAGCUACCUUUACAAAACAAAAAUGCCAAAAAUGAGAAAAACAAAAAUGAGAGUUACUAAUUUUAGCAGUUGCAAGAAAUUGAGAAAAUAUGGGGCAUAGUUAAAAGCUUAUAAAACAUAAACCAUUAUCCAGUCAUGAGUGCAGAAAUUCAGCAUCAAAAUGAUAAAUUUACAAUGGUUAAUAAUCAGAUUUUAGUUAUUCAGCACAUUAUGUAUAAUUCAGAAAUCCCUUGGUGAGCUCCUUGGAAGGGAGUGGAGAGCUACAGGUUGGAGACCCCUGUCCUACAAUAUACUACUGUUGAAUUAUAUAUAUAUGAAAUGAAUUUAGAUUAAUAAUGCCCUGAUUUCAUUUAAUUUCUGUAGAUAAUCUUUUUUACUGUGUAGAGUCCGGGUAAAGUUGUCGUGCUGCAGACUGGUGCUUGGACAGAGCCACAUGGAGGGUCCUGUGAUGCAGAGGGGAGUGAGGGGAUCUUUUCUGACUCCUGUAUGAACCACCCCUCUGCCUCUUCCCCUUUUUCACCCCGCUCACCCUUUUUCCUCCCCCCAUCUCCUGUCCCGUCACCGUGAACUCAGGCAGCCUCCCCCUCCCACCCACCUACCCAACCCCAUCGCUUCGAGAGUCCAACCCCCCGGACCCUCAUGCCCCGUUUUCCCCAUGGGAAAUUUGUGACAUUAACCGUAGCACAUGUUUGCCAUAUAACCCCUUAGCGUUAGGAAUAAAAAGACUUUGUAUGUAUGACGAAUGAUGAAUUAUAUGUAAUAGGAGCCUGAUGAAAAGACGAUAUUUUCUGUGGUGCAUUAACUGUCAUGAACCCAUUUGCACACGCGCUGCAGAUAGAAGAGAUAGGACACCUGCAUUUCCACUGUCUCACGCAUCGAACCAGACCCAGACCCAGCGCCAGGACUAAAGCCUAAGCCUGGACUAAACCUGGAGUCUUGACUAAAUCCAAGCGUGUGUAAAAUGGACCACAUUACCCAGAAUCCCCGCUUUCUCCCAAGACCUCUUUUCCACUGAGAUAAACUAAAAGCUGCUUCCUGGGCUGAGAUUUGAACUUUUUUGUUGUAAUUUUUCUCAGUAUUUACCUAAGACAUGCCCGUUUUUAUCAUAUUUUUAUCUUUUUUUUUCAAUACCAUCUGAGUUUUUCCACGUAUCAACGCCAAAUAAUGUCCACAUAAUUCACAUUUUACUGUCUUCUCUGGGGAGAUUCCCAAACUCUGAGCUGCUGUCGAGCGAAAUAAAGUUGUCUAGGCCUAUAGAUCUUCCACCUUAAUCAUAGUAAAUUAAUAGUAUAAAACUUAAAGAUGGUCCAGUAUUGAUUCUUUGAGCUGAUAUACGAUAUUUGUCUUGCAGUUGUGGCCAAUAAUGAUAUUUGCCGAUUUAUAUUAAGCUUUUAAAAUCCAUAUCAAUGACCAAAUGUAUGUUAUGUUACAGUCAAGUUCACUCUUUAACUUUUCGCUUUUGUUAAAAUAACAAACAAGGCAAACAAAAUAUCAAAUAUCGGUACACUUUUUAAUAUUGGACCAAUACCGAUAUCUGGAAAUCCUUCAGUAUCACAGAUAACCUAUUAAUCAUCCCUUAACCCUAGAAUUAUUUGAGAAUUAUAAUGUGUACUCACCUUUUUUUCAUUUAAAACCAAAUACCAGAACUUUCUUUCCUGGAGAAGUCGGUGAAAAUCAGGCCAACCAUUUGUAUUUCUCAGAUGAAUUCUACAUUACAGCUUAUGACAGUCCUUAUUACAAUUUUACAUUCGUUUCAAAGAACCCAUUGUUUUUAAAUAAUCUCAAAACUGUAACCUUAAAAUGGUAGUUUCAAAAUCAAAGAACAGAGCCCAAACUCAGUGGAAAAGAGGUCCACGCCACAAAAGCUGUCAACUUGAAUUCUCUGUUCCCAAUGGAGAAAAAUGCCAUGAAAAUCUUUUAUUGUCAAUAAUAAGAAACUAUUUAUCUAACCUAACAGAGCCUCAAAGCUGGGUCUGGUCCUUAUAGUUUUGCCACAGCAUUUUAAAGGUACGACAAAUUUUAAGAAGAUAUUUUAAAAAGUUCAUGUUUCCCAUAUAUAUUUAAGAGGUGCUAUUAAAAAAAAUUAUGUAGAGUAAUUAUUUUUCCUGAUCUCUUAUGCAAAUACGGAGUUGGUAUGGUUGAAAUCCCGUCACUUUAUGCUGAAUGUGCACAAAAGUUUGUCUGGAUGUGAAAGAAAAAGAGGACUAUUAUAGGACGUGGUUGUUGUCAUGGGACUGCCGUUUCAACCAAUCACUGAAGCCGAUUUAAGACCUGGCAACCGAAGCUAAUAGGUUGUGUUCAUUCAACGUUUUAUAUUAUCCAAAAUUUUUAUUGAGUUGGAGGGCAGGGGAGAAUUUUAAGGUAGAAUUUGCGUUUUAACUUUCAAAUUGCAGUUUUGUCCUGGUUUAUGGGCCUAUCCACAUGAAAUAAAAACUGGCACAAAGUUCAAAAUGUUCUGUUUGCAAAAAUAAAUAAGGUGAAUUUAGUUUUUUUGCUGUUGUAUUUAAAAGUGGUGGCCUUUUUCACCCAGGCAUAAUCAACAUGUGGAAUUUUUGGGCCGUUUCUUAACCAAAAAUGUUAAAUUUGUUUCUCUAUUUGGAUAUUUCUUUCAAAAAACAGUGAGUUACAAAGUCCCCUGACCUCCAUCCUAAAUUACAACAUCGAAUUAUAGAAUAUCGUGAACGCAACCUACCACAGAAGCUGAUUUCAGACCAGGCUAACGAAGCUAAAUUUACAAAUAAUUGUCCCAUUGUUCCUUGCUCUUGGUUCCCUCUCUUUCUCUCCGAUGUCAGGUAUAGGACUGGAGCGUGUAAAUGGCAUAAACAUUGGUCACAUUUCACAGUCUGUUCAAUGUAACUGCUUCACCGUUGGUUAAAAGACAAUGAAAGUUGUUGUUUUUUCUCCGGUAAAUACCUGUUCAUUUGAAAGAGCCGUAUGAUGCUAUGACACUUGUAGCUGUCACUAUUGGUGCUUGGCUUAUGCUUCAUUGUCUUAAUAUUCCAAAUAAAACUGUUAAGUGUAAUCUACACUGGCCCGAAACUUCA